ACCCAUGUCCUCGCAAGGGCUGAAGGGGGUUGUAGUCCACGGAUCCAGUUGGAAACUACAGUUCCCGGCGCCCCUCGAGCUUCGGUGCAUGCGCAUAGCUGUCGAAGAUACUGCCAGUUCCUGAGGGGCUGAUGCCGGGAAGUGAGUGAGUUCAGGGAUGACCAGAAUUAAAAAUGAUGAAGAAGAUUAUUGGAACAGUACUAAAUGCAAAGCUUUUGUAUUUGACGACGAUGAUGAAUUUACAGAGUUGAAAGAGUCCAAGCGAGCAGUUAACAGUCUUGCUGGUAUCGUGGAUGAUGAUGAUGAUGAUGUGGAGAAGGUUAGCUGGAGUGGGGAGCCUGUGGGAAGUAUCUCCUGGUCAAUCAAAGAAAGCACAACAGGAAUUCGAGCAGGUGACAUCCGAGACUCCACUCCUACAAGGUCUUUUUCUGAUGCAGCACAGCCGACUAUAUCCAAGCCUGCCUCUACGUAUUCCCUAAGCAGCUUCUUUAAAGAUAGAGCAUUAACUGGGAAUGCAGGUAAAAGGGAUUCUUCGAGUGCUUUAUUUGGGGUUGGUCGGCCUGGGAAUUUCCAGUCACUUUCUGAUUCUGUUGUAGGCACAGCCAACACAAGCUAUGCACCUGAUCUACGUAAAUCAAAGGCCGAUUACAAGGACAUUUCAAUUGAUUGGAGUCCACUGGAGACAGUUAGACAGAUGCAGAAAGGCAGGAUGUACUCCUUAGAGAGGUUUCGCUCCUUGAAUGAGAAACUACAUCUCGUGGAUGAAGCUGUUCGUACACACGAUGGAAAUGUCAUCACUGCAGUUUUGAUCUUUUUGAAAAAAUCAUUAAGCAAAGAAGUAUUAUUUCGAGAGCUGGAGUACCGGCAGGUUGCCCUACAACAUUUUAUCUACUAUCUGAAAGAGACGGGGGAACAGAAACUACUGUUGGAGGUGCUCAAGGUUCUGGGAAGAACAGAAGAGGCUGCACUCUUGCAGUACAAGGAACAUUUGAAUAUCAAAGGACAAGUGAAAAAAACAGAAUAUUUAAAAAAUUGCAUUGGACUUCCACUUGCUUAUGAUGAUUCCACGUUUGUUAAGGACCACUACACACUGCUGGAGAGACAAAUUAUUAUUGAGGAGAAUGACAAACGCAUUGAGGCAUCUGGACAAAUGGAGGUCUUCAGAAAACAUCCCAGGAAAGCCUCCAUCCUCCUCAUGCCGCUAGUCACAACACUUUACUAUUCCUGCUUUUAUCAUUACGGGGAAUCUGAAGGAACAUUCAGUAGUCCAGCCAAUUUGAAAAAAACUUUCAAAAUUUCAGACAAGCAGUUCUUGCUCACUACACUCGCAGCUCGUGCCAAACUAAAGGCUUGGAAAGAUGUUGAUACUCUAUUUACUACAAAGAAUUGGCUAGGAUAUACCAAGAAGAAAGCCCCAAUUGGAUUUCAUAGAGUUGUGGACAUCUUACACAAAAACAAUGCUCCAGUUGAGGUUAUCCAGGAAUAUGUUGCUUUAGUGGACAACACAGAACUGAGGUUGAACCUUGCCUCAAAGUACAAGUGCCAUAAUAUUGUGAUUGAUACCUACAGGGACCUCAAAGAUCGACAACAGCUGGUUCUGUAUAGAGACAAAGUGGAAAAAAACUCACAAGAACAGAGGAAGAUUGACUAUAUCCUGAGCAAUUCUCAAAUCAGAUGGAAAAAUUGACGAACCAAGACUUCUGCAGGAAUGUCUUCUGUAUGUCUGAUUAUUAAGGGAGCUGGAGGUCGGAGGAUUGAUGAUCCUAGCAUUCAGCAACAAGGAAGAAUGAUCAAUAUCCAUCUUCUGAAAAUUGCGGACGCUCUUCUCCCUCAUGAUAAAAAUGAAUCAUUAUAUAGGAGCUUAUAAAUUAAGUGUCUGAGCCAUACAUUUGUAUAUUUCAUAUGUAUCAAGUUGAUCAAUUGCAAGACUGUGACUUUUAAGGAGGAAGGGCAGGAUGGAGUGGGGUAAGCUGAAGGAAGUAUGACUGGUGAAUGACAAGAGCAAAGUCCAGAUUCCCCCAGCUAAAAUUUGAAAAUGCUGAGCAUAAGAGGGGAACUUUACCACAGAAAUCUUGGAAUUUGUUUUUUAACCACAAUGUUGCUAGCUGGCCUUAUGGAUUACAUCUAGAGAUGGGAAUAAAAUUGUAUUAGAGAAUAGUUCAUGUAUUUACUGGAUCCUUCUCUUACUACUCAUAAUUACAACUUAAAAAUAUAAGUAGUAUAAUUCCUGACUAUUACUCUAAAAUGAGAGGAGAUAGAUCUGUUGUACAGAAACUGAAAAACAAGUCGCUCAUUAAGAAUACUUUUUUGUAAUAAAAUAUAAAACUUUGGUAGCUUUC